AUGCGUCCCAAAAACAUGUAUGGGCCCUCGGAGGUUAGUCCCAAUAUUCCCAUCACUACAAUGCCACUGUUUGUCACCACACCACACAAAAAAACACCUGCUCACAUGAGGUAUUAUCUCAUGCAUCAGAUGGUUAAAAUGUUUUCUCAAUCAGAAAACGAUCUCUCCUGUUCGGUCUGUCAUGACAUCUUUAAAGAUCCAGUUGUCCUGAUAUGCAGCCACAGCUUCUGUAAAGUCUGUCUGAAGAACUGGUGGAGAGAGAAACAAACUCGGGAAUGUCCCGUUUGUAUGGAAAAACAUUUGAGUGAUCCGCCUCGUAACUUGGCAUUAAAGAAUCUGUGUGAGGCUUUCUUACAGGAGAGAGAUCAGAGAUCUUCAUCAGGGUCUGAGCCUCUCUGCAGUCUGCACUAUGAGAAAAUCAAACUCUUCUGUCUGGAUCAUCAGCAGCCAGUCUGUCUCAUUUGCAGAGAUUCAAUAGCACACAAACACCACAGAUUCAGACCCAUUGAUGAAGCUGGAAAGGAGCACAAAGAGGAGCUCCAGAAAUCCCUGAAGCCCUUACAGGACAAACUGAAGCUCUUUGAAGAAGUUAAAGGAAACUGUGAUCAAACAGCAGACUACAUUAAGGUCCAGGCCAGAGACACAGAGAGGCAGAUUAAGGAGCAGUUCAAGAAGCUUCACCAGUUUCUACAAGAAGAAGAGGAGGCCAGGAUCUCUGCUCUGAGGGAGGAAGAGGAGCAGAAGAGUCAGAUGAUGAAGAGGAAGAUUGAGACUCUGUGCAAAGAGACAGCAGCUCUUUCAGACACAAUCAGAACCACAGAGGAGGAACUGAAAGCUGAAGACGUUUCAUUUCUGCAGAAUUACAAGGCUGCAGUGGAAACAGUCCAGCAGCGCCUCCUGCUGGUUGAUCCAGAGCUGGUCUCAGGAGCUCUGAUAGAUGUGGCCAAACACCUGGGCAACCUGACCUACAACGUCUGGACUAAGAUGAAGGAGGUGGUCUCCUACACUCCUGUGAUACUGGAUCCAAACACUGCUCAUUCAAGACUCUACCUCUCUGAAGAUCUGACCAGUGUGAGAUGUGGAGAGAGACAGAAACUUCCUGAAAAUACAGAGAGGUUUUAUCAUCACCACUGUGUCCGGGGCUCUCAGGGAUUUAAUUCAGGGACUCACAGCUGGGAUGUGGAGGUCACAGAUGAUCAAUUCUGGUGUGUGGGUGUGGUAAAUGAAUCUGCUAGAAACAAGGUAAAAAUACUGACUGGAUACUGGGAAGUGUGUUUCAUUAAUGGAAAAUACACAGCAGUCUCUCGAGUACUCUCUGAUAAAAUCCUCGCAGUGAAGACGAAGCUGCAGAGGAUCAGAGUUCAUCUGGACUACAACAGAGGAAAACUGUAUUUCUUUGAUCCUGAUACUGACACACACAUACACACCUUCACACUCACUUUCACUAAGAAGCUGUUUCCUUACAUUGGCACCAUGAAUGCACUUCCACUGAAGAUAUUACCAGUUCGAGUCUCUUUAACAAUGGAGCAACACACAGUCUCAGUUCCUCCACCUAAAGGUUUGUUGUCUGCUCUCUUCAGGUUCUAG